GACGCCGGGAGCAUGGUCGCCGAAACCGCCCGAGUGCCUUCCGAUAUGUUUCAUGGGGUCCCGGCAACGCAGAGCCAUCCGUCAGUGCCUAACAACAUAUUUCAUGGCGUGCCACCCGAGGACACGCACGAGCACAUCCCCAGCGACAUGUUCGCUGGAGUCGAGCCCACGGAGAGCCACCCGCACAUCCCGAGCGACGUGUUUCACGGCCUGCCCGUCGCCCCGGAGGCAUCCCACCCUUCGGUGCCGGCAGAUAUGUUUGCGGGCACAGCGGCGGUCCACGAGGGCGAGGCGGCGGAGGUGCCGUCGGACAUGUUCGCGGGCAGCGGCCUCAAACACGGUGGCCUGGCCAACGUGGCCGCAGACAAGCUGAACGCGGCUGUGGACAAGGUACAGGAGGUGGUGGUUGGCGCGAUGGUGAAGACGGGGGAGGCGGUGACGGAGGCGGUCAAGAGCAUCCUCCCGGGGCAGAAUUAGUGGUGAAUGGCCACGGCGGCGGGUUGGCAAAGGGGUUGUGUGCAGCAAUGCAAGGUUGUGGACGCGUGUGCGGGGCUGUGGGGACGAAACACGGCCGGGGGCCGGACCGCAGGAAUGGACGCACGAACUGACAUGACUUGCCGUACGAUGGGGAUGACGCACGCACGGGCUCGGUUGUGACAACGGGUUUAGCUGAAACUGCAGGAUGUUAGCGCGAAGGGUAGGCAGCAGGGGCUUCUAGGGGAUAUUGUUGCUUGGUUGAGCAUACGCCAUACGGUAAGAGCGCGUGUACCUGUGGUGCGUGUGCAUGCUGCUGGUGUCGCCAGGCACAACCCAGAACACCUGCCCGGGUGUGAAUGAAUGUGACGAACUUGUCAUGGGUAAAUGGCGGUGGCGGGGGAGAAGCGUGCGGGCUUGGAGUGACUGGAGUCCCAAGGGUCAUGCGGCACCGGGGCAGCGGCGCCAGGUGGGCAGCCCGCCGCACCCCCGCAGCCGUCUACUGAUGGUCGGUGGUGGUCUCCCAGUACUGAGCCUGCCCCACCCACCUGCGGCGGCCAGCACGCCUGAGGUGCGUGCUGAAGCGAUGGUGGGCUGCUCGCUAGCUGACGAGCUGGGGCUGUGGGCGUGGCGGCGAGGUGGGUGGGGAACUUGACAGAGGGGGCGGGUAGCACGGCCGUAUGGUGACACGGCAGGGGUAGAUGCAUA